AUGGUCGAGGUGGAUCCUGCCGCCAGACAGCCGCUUCAGAUGGAUCGUGUUCCGAGCCGGGUCGCCAACUUGGUCGACAUCCACCUCUUGACUCUGCCUGAGGGCGUGUUCUGGCUUGGACGGCCUGAUUUGGGAUCAGACCUCAUGGUUCGCGACUGCUACUCUGGGUUGUUCGACGAGAUCACGGCGCCGAAGUUUGCAACGCAGCUUCGUUGGGUUGUCACUGGCAAUCCAGGCAUCGGCAAGACGUUCUUCUCGGGCUACUUUAUCUAUCGUCUGCUUCAGCAGAAUCCCCAGCUGACUAUAGUUUACGAGCCGGCGCAGCAGGACACCAAGAACAGAUACCUCCUUCAACCUGAUGGAACAGUCCUUAGUGGAGUUUACUCUCCAGCCGACAACUUUGUAGAUGAGUGUUUUCGGACUCGUCGCGACGAUGUCUGGUUCAUUGCAGACGGACACACACCAACAUUUUAUGGCAACGCGCGCACCCUGCUCGUCACUUCUCCCUGUAGCAAUUUUGACAAGAAACUGUUAAAGGAAUAUGCUUCCAAACUGUACAUGCCUGUGUGGUCCUGGAACGAGCUGUCGUGCUGCUUGCUGCACUCUCUUCGUCGAGAAAAUGCGGACAGUGCUCGAAUCCUAUCCGCAAUGGAUUCCGCGAAUGAACGGUUUCGACAUUGGGGUGGGAUUGCCCGCGUAGUGUUGGGAGCGGUUUUCGGCUCGGACGAGAUCGAUUAG